UAGAUCCGGGUAAUCACCGACGAAUCCUUUCUGGAUUUUGAUCUAUUUGAUCUUGAUCCUCUCGCGAAGCUUUUGCAGAUCCGUCGAUCUCUUUCUGUGAUUCUGUGGGAUUUAGGAUGAGGUGAUGGGAACUUUUGGAUAUAUGGAUCCGGUUUACUACUUCACUGGUUUAGUGACAGAAUAUACAGAUUUAGAACCGAAAGCGGUCUUAAUCAAUCUAUCAGUAUGUUGCAAACGAGGGUACAAGUGGUUCGGUGGAAAAGAAGAGCCUUCUUCAUCUAUUGCUCCGGAAGCUGUUCAAUUUGUCAACAGUGAUGCAAAUAAGUUAAGGGAUGAUGAUGAUGUGGUGAGAUCGGGGGUGGAUGAUAUGCCACUAACUGAAACAGCAAAAGAAAGUAAUAUAGUCGAUGGAUCUGGGAGUCCUGGGGUUAAGGAGGUUGGUUGGGGCUCGUUUUAUGCCGAUUCAUCUGUAAAUGACGGUUGUGGGUUUGGUUCAUACUCUGAUUUCUUCACUGAGUUGGAUGGAACUGCAGGGGAUUUACAGGGACAGGCCGAGGUAGCUUUGGCCACUGGAGGCAACUUAGUAGCCAAUGCAACAAGUGUUGGUUUAGAUAAUUCGGCAGGGUUUGAGCAACACCAGGGUCAAGUGCAACACGAUUCUGGAAGCGGGCAGUAUGUGGAUAAUAGUCAAUUCGGGCAGUAUGUGGAUAAUAGUCAAUCUUGGGAAAAUCUCUAUCCUGGAUGGAAAUAUGAUGCGAGUACUGGUCAAUGGUAUCAAGUUGAUGGUCAUGAUGCAAGCGUGAACUCACAGGAGAGCUAUAUAAAUUCAACAAGUAACUGGGAAAGCGUUGCUGUUGAUAACUCGGAUGUUGCUUAUCUGAAACAGAGUACAACAUCUGCAGCGGCUGGAACAGCUGAGAGUGUGUCUACUUGGAAUCAGGUUUCACAAGUGAGCAAUGGAUAUCCAGAACACGUGAUCUUUGACGCUCAGUAUCCUGGAUGGUACUAUGACACUAUUGCUCAAGAGUGGCGCUCUCUGGACAGCUACAACCAGGCUUCUCAAACAACUCUAACUGGUCAUGACCAGCAAAGCUUCAUCCCGCAGCAUAUGCAUGUGGCUAGUGUCACACAGAAUGGACCAUUGAGUUUCUCAAACGAUGUCUAUCAAACGUCGUCUAUCAGUCUUUUCAGAACAAUCAGCUUUUCUCCCCAAGUGCGGGAAGAUUCUGAUGGUCGUCCACCACAUGCACUUGUCAGUUUUGGAUUUGGUGGGAAGCUCAUUCUUUAUGAAGGAUAUAAAUGGUUCUCUGCAGAAUUCAUCAUUUGGAAGUCAGGGAAUUGGGGGAAGCUCCGCCUCUGUCUUAAACUUGGCAGAAGUUAUUUCUGGGAGUGCCUCUUAUUCCAGUCAAGGGGAAGACUCUUUGAGCUACUUUCGUUACCUGCAUCAACAAUCUCUUCUAGGUCCUUGGUAGGAGGAAAUGUUGGAAGUAAAGAGUUGCAUAAGUGGCUUGAUGAGAGAAUUUUGAAUUGUGAAUCUUCCUAUAUGGAUUUUGCAAGAGGGAAACUCUUAAAGAUGCUUCUUUCUUUACUCAGAAUAUCUUGUCAGUAUUAUGGGAAACUCCGUUCUCCUUUUGGUACUGAUGCAUCGCAAAAGGAAACGGACUCUGCUGAAGCAGCAGUCGCUAAGCUUUUUGCAUUUGCCAAGAAAGAUGGCGUACAAAAUGGUUAUGCUCCUAUUUGCCAAUGCUUGCAGCAUUUACCACCUGAAUCACAAAUGCAAGUAAAUAAUUUGUACAGUACAGAACCUGUGGCUGAACAGUUUAAGCCAAAUGCGAUUGGAGCGCAGAGCUUCAUCCCGCAGCAUAUGAAUGUGGCUACUGUCACACAGAAUGGACCAUUGAGUUUCUCAAACGGUGUCUAUAAUAGACAGCAAUCUGUAGAUGAUGCUCAUCAGUCUUUUCAGAACAAUCAGCUUUUCUCCCCAAGUGCGGGAAGAUCAUCUGAUGGUCGUCCACCACAUGCGCUUGUCAGUUUUGGAUUUGGUGGGAAGCUCAUUCUUAUGAAGGAUAUAAAUGGUUCUCUGCAGAAUUCAUCAUUUGGAAGUCAGGGAAUUGGGGGAAGCUCCGCCUGUCUUAAACUUGGCAGAAGUUAUUUCUGGGAGUUCCUCUUAUUCCAGUCAAGGGGAAGACUCUUUGAGCUACUUUCGUUGCCUGCAUCAACAAUCUCUUCCAGUAUUAUGGGAAACUCCGUUCUCCUUUUGGUACUGAUGCAUCGCAAAAGGAAACGGACUCUGCUGAAGCAGCAGUCGCUAAGCUUUUUGCAUUUGCCAAGAAAGAUGGCUUACAAAAUAUAUGCUCCUAUUAGCCAAUGCUUGCAGCAUUUACCACCUGAAUCACAAAUGCAAGUAACUGCUUCAGAGGUCCAGAAUCUUCUGGCUUCUGGUAGAAAAAUGGAGGCUGUACAAUGUGCACAAGAAGGCUAUUUAUGGGGACCAGCGCUUGUUAUCGCGGCACAACUUGGGGAUCAGUUCUAUGUAGACACUGUGAAACAGAUGGCCCUUUGCCAGCUGAUACCAGGGUCACCUUUACGGACAUUGUGCCUACUGGUUGCAGGACAACCAGCUGAAGUGUGUCCUGCUGGAAGUAGUAGCAUGCUUGACAAUUGGGAAGAGAAUUUGGGUAUAAUUACUGCUAACAGAACCACCGAUGAUGAGCUUGUGAUUACUCAUCUUGGAGAUCGCAUGUGGAACGAUAGGAGCGAGAUAAUUGCGGCGCAUAUUUGCUAUGUAAUCGCGGACAAGAACUUUGAUCCAUACUCAGAAAGCGCCAGACUCUGCCUUGUCGGAGCGGACCAUUGGAAAUGUCCUCGAACAUACGCAAGUCCAGAGGCUAUACAGAGGACAGAGUUAUAUGAAUACUCUAAGACGCUGGGAAAUUCUCAGUAUAUCCUGUUACCGUUUCGACCAUUUAAAAUCAUAUAUGCCCAUAUGCUGGCUGAAGUUGGUAAACUUUCGACUGCACUGAAGUACUGUCAAGCAGUAUUAAAAUGCCUCAAGACAGGCCGAUCACCAGAAGUGGAAAUGUGGUAACAGUUUGUUUCAUCUCUUGAAGAGAGAAUCCGUAUCCACCAACAGGGCGGGUAUACUGCGAAUUUGGCCCCAGCAAAACUUGUUGGAAAGUUCCUGAACUUUAUUGAUACUACAGCAUCUCGUGAAUCUGCUAACUGGAAUGCACAUUGCUCCAAGCCAUGUAAGUGAUUCUUUUUAAGUCCUCUCCUCUCUUGACUUUGUGAUUGUAAUCAUUAGAUUCUCUGUCAUUGUCAAUUUCUUGCAACACAAGCCAAAAACCAAAGCCAGUUUUUCUUCAGUUUUAUGGUUUGGUAGAUUCGUGAUUGUUAUUUUCCUAAAUUUGAACUUCUCUUUUUCAAAAUCAAAACUUCAAUUUGGU